AUGGAACACGUUAGCUAUAUGCUGACCUCAUUAUCAAAAAUCUUAAUCCAUGCAUGCUUUUUCUCUUUACAGCUUGUGGCAGGACUAUUGGGAGUUGAAGCAGGGCAAGAUGCAGUGAUUCGUAUGUACCUUUAUGAAAGAGCUGAUGAAGUAGUAUGGCCUUAUGAAUACACUGUGGCCUACUUUACAGAUCGCAUUUCAAAUUUAAGAAACCGAUUGGGAAUGUGCGGAAUCAAAGAUGAAGGCAUUUAUGUCCCUUUAGAACUUGGAGCUGAAAAUCGAACAGAAAGUAACGUCUUAUCUGCUGACUAUUAUUCCCUCUCUUACCCAAGAACUCCGCAAGAGAUUCUCAGGAUUGUACACAGCACGGGUAGUGAGCAUAUGCCUGGUGGAUUCUAUCCCCACGGCGCUAAUGGGAGGAUUGCCAGAGAAUUGCUUCAAGAUCCAUGAU